ACGAAUGCGAGAGGUCUUGCUUUUUGUCAAAUGAAGGCACGCGUGGGCAAAAAGAUAACAAAAUUGAUCGUAUCUACCGCUGUGGUUUGACCAACCGACCUAUUUCAUCCAUUUAGUCACGGUAAAUUGAAUUUGCAAACACUUAACUAACUACACGGAACAUACGCCUCUAUGGAUGGACUUCAUUUCAAUUCGCCAACUGCUGUGGAUUAGUCGAUAGUACCACGAUGGGGCGUAGCGGUUUGGUUCUUCUUGCUGUCUGCAUUCAAUUUACCUUUGGGGCUCACUUACCCCCCGAAGUCUGCUCCAUUUAUACCCAAACGGGAGAUGUGUAUAUCGGUGGCGUAUUCUCACUCCAUGCAGAUGAUGAACCUGAGGGGAAGGAGAGAGGUGUACCUCAAGGAUGUAAGACACGUCUACCUAUCAGUUCUUUGCAGGUCGUUGAGGCCAUGGUCUAUGCGGUGAAGACAAUCAACGACAAUGACACUAUCCUUCCUAAUGUCACCCUGGGGUUCAUGAUCCAUGAUGAUUGCUCUAGGGAUGAGUAUGCUAUGUGGGGAUCGCUGUCCCUCCUGAUGGGUGCCCGGGCGGUCAUUGAGGGAGCAAGCUGUAAGAUCCCAGGAAUGACGUCUGGGAACAAAGACCAAUGUGUUGUGGGUCUGGUGGGCACGGGGAGAACAUCCUCUAGUGAGACAGUUUCAAGCACAGCAGGGCUGUUUGAGAGGCCGCUAGUCUCUUAUGGCGCCACGGGCCAAGAGCUCUUGGAUGGGGAGGCGUUUCCGUACUACUUCAGCACCAUUGCCUUUGACGAGUAUAAGAAUAAAGUCAUCCUGGACAUACUAGAUUACUUCGAGUGGCAAUAUGUAGCCUUGGUAUAUGCAGCAGGCUAUGAUACGCUUGACAUGAUGGAGGACCUUAAGAACGCAGCCGUAGUUCGGCAUGUGUGUAUGCACAUAAAUGUAAUGGUCAGUGAGGUUCCUACGGAGAAGGAAUUAAACACAAUGGUCAACCUGUUGCAAAAUAAUAAAUAUGCGAAAGUCGUUGUGCUGUUGGCCUCGUCUGCGGUAACUGUUAAUGCUGUGUUUUCAGCUGCUCUGGAGGCAGACCCGCCUAUGAACCUUACAUGGAUCGUGAGUACUGCGUCGGAAAAUGUUCAGAUCUUGCAGAGUCGCCUUGCGCAAGGCAGUCUAUUCAUCGAGUAUGACACCCCAGAACUAAACGGGUUCGAGCGGUACUUCCGUUCCCUGACAAAUGGAAACACCGAAAACCCAUGGUUCAAAGAGUUCUGUGUGGAUUUAGACAAAUGCAUGUCAUCAAGCACAGAAGGAUUCAGUAAAACAAUACCGACCCUAGCUCCGACUAUGGACGCAGUUUAUGCGUUGGCUUAUGCUCUGGAUGAGACAAUACGCCGUAUGAACUGCAGUGGCAUGAUAUCGAAUUGUCUCACAAGUCAUGGCGCCGAAACCGUUUUUGCAGGAAUGCUGCGGGUUGUUUCUUUUCCAGGAACGAGGGGUGAAUUUAGAUUCAGUGAAGACAUUAGAUCCGUUUCAGGUCAUUUUAUCAUCAAAAACAUGCACGAGAUUGACGGUACGUUCAGGAUGGUAGAGGUUGGUUCGUGGAGCUCUGGUUCGUCCACACGUACGCGAAGGCUCAUGAGCGUUACGCCACUGACCAUUGAUGAAUCUUUGAUUCAGUGGAACAGAGAUUUGGGAGAUAAGACUCCCAGGUCUACCUGUAAGGAGGAAUGUGGGCCGGGGUAUGUGGAAGAGGCGCUGGCGAAGAGAUGCUGCUGGGGUUGUCGAGCAUGUUACUCCGACGAAAUCGUCAAUGGGACCAAUUGCAUAAAGUGCCAGCAAGUACAGUGGCCCAAUGAUAACCAAACUGCAUGUGUAGAUCUUGUCCCGGUAACGGUCACCUGGUUAAAUCCAUCUUCCAUUAUGCUGGUCUCUCUGGUGUGUCUUGGCCUGCUUCUUUGCUCACUAUCUGCGAUCGGUAUGAUCAAAUACCGACACCAUCCAUUGAUCAAAGCCAGCAGCAGAGAGUUGAGUUGCGUCAACAUCUUAGGUCUCGUCUUGGGUUACCUGGCCGUGUUACCUCUCCUCCAUCCCCCAGGACCCCUGGUCUGCGGCACAGCUCAGGUCUUGUACGCCCUAGCCUUCACCAUGAUGUAUGCUCCACUCCUGCUCAAAGUAAACCGUAUCUACAGGAUCUUUGAGAGCAGCGCUAAGUCUGCCAAAUCUCCUAAAUACACUGGACCUCGAGCCCAGCUGUUGAUCGUUGCCCUGCUGGUUGCAGUUCAGGCAAUGCUGAUACUUAUUACUGCCGUAGCCAUACCUACGACGUGGACCUCGGUCCGGAAGUUGUUCCCCACGCCAACUACCAACCAGCCCCGGACCCUGGAGAAUUUCUGCCGAUUGGAUCUUGGUUUCCUAGUUGCGAGUUCCUACAACGUCCUUCUCUCCCUAGCCUGUUGUUUUUACGCCUUUAAGGCCCGCAACGUGCCUGGCAACUACAACGAGGCGAAGUUCUACGCCGCUAGUGUAUACACCACACUGGUGCUGUCCUUAUCGGCUUUGCCUGUGUACUUCAACGCAGAGACAGCUGUGGCCUUAGCCGUGUCUGUCAGUCUAGUCCCUAUCAUGGACGGCUACGUCACUUUGUUUUGCAUAUACCUGACCAAGCUGUACGCAGUUAUCUUCAAGAAGGCGGGCGAUGAUGAUGGUCAGCCAAACGAAAAGGCUACGGUUCGUGGAGGUUCGUUACAGCUCAAGAAUCGCACAGCUUUUGUCUCUGAUGGGAAUGCCACCAAAGUGCACCCAUCGACAUCAUAUGGAGAAAAAUCCACCUACUAAACCCUGAACAAGACCGGUUUUUUAAACAAGAUACCAAAACUACUGAGAUUUGUUACUUCACCGAUGAUGUGUUCUGGACGAGCUCCACCAUCCGUUACCCGGCCCCUCCCUCUUCUUCCCAAAUAAUGAAAACUCACAGUGACAUUCAUCUCACCAGACGUUUUACAGUAAAAUUCAUUUAAUCGAAUAGAUCGAUUUUCCUGUUUCAGAGUAUUUCAAUCGAAAAUUAGAGUGACCUUCACUCUUGAUCGUCUAGUCACCAAGUUCACUGUUUGGCAAUUGGAGAGAAUACCCUCCCUGCGUCCCACCUUUACCCAAUUCUGUAAUAAUUAUGUACACAACCUUGUUAAUAAACUUAUUUUUGUUAAUUAAAGCUCUGCAUAUAUAACGAUCAUCAAAGUAAUCUAUACCCACACUGGAAAGAAUAUUUUGAAUUACAAGCAUCACAUAGUUGCGUACCAAGGAAAUUAUAGUUAUUUUACCUCUACGCGUACUCCGGAAACAAACAUUGUAAAUAAUCGCUUCCGACAACGAUAUAGUUACAGUUUGUGUAAUUCGUCGCCUCAUCCAGAGAACUAAGGCGAUCCAAACUCAUUUCACGCGUCAUGUUUUUUUUCUUCAUAUACAACGAUCUUUGUGCUAACUUUGCUGUUGAACAUAUUUUGUUUUAGAUUACAUGUAUAUUUGUUGUUCAUGUGCUAGUACUGGUGGUAUCAUGCAGUUUGUAAACACUAAAAGGACGGUUAACUUGUGUUUGCCUAUCAGGUUCAAUUGUGGAAAAAGGUUGAAUUCCCCUCCUUUAAACCUAAAUGAAUUUGCCAACUAUUUUUUUUCAAAUACCAGAAAUAGACCUUAUGCAUGGCAGCCAUCUUAGAGGGCAAUAGCUUUGUUUUAAUGAAACAUCCAGGAGUGAACCCUUUGUGCAUUCAUUGUUACUGAAUUAAGAUCACAAAACAAAUGCCCUCUAAGAUGACCGCUACGCACAAAGUCUAUUACGCGACAUAACAGAAAAAUCCACGGAAUAGCUUCGAGUAAA